CCUCAGGUGAGUCGAAAUCGGUGCUGUGACACACAGUAUACAACGAAGUAGCACAAGAACUGUUUGUUUGUGUGCAGCUCCCUCAAAAGACUCGCUUUAUAAAGGUCAUCCAACAGGCUCUAGUAGCUUCUCCUCACAAUGGCAAACCAGUCAGACCCUGUCAAUCCCAGCCACGCUCUGUUUGAUAAAUUCGGCCAGGCCCAGACUUGCAAAGAGGCCCUGCAGAACUUCAGCGAGCUCUGUCGCCACCUAGAGUUAGACCCCAAAGACUACAAGCACUUCUACAGCAAACUGAAGGACAGACUGAACUAUUGGAAGGCCAAAGAGCUUUGGCAGAAGAUAGAUAAGAGAGCCGCACAUCCAGACUAUGGACAGGGUAACGUCUGUCGCCAAAACAAGUGUUUAGUUUUGGGUGCCGGCCCCUGUGGUCUGAGGACUGCUAUCGAGUUGGCAUUGCUGGGUGCUCAGGUAGUCGUACUGGAGAAAAGAGGCUCUUUUGCCAGGAAUAAUGUUCUGCACUUGUGGCCCUACACCAUCCGCGAUCUGCGCAACCUCGGCGCAAAGAAAUUCUACGGAAGAUUUUGCACUGGCACCCUCGAUCACAUCAGUAUCCGUCAGCUGCAGUUGAUUCUCUUAAAGAUGGCUUUGCUUUUGGGAGUUGAGGUUCACACAGGUGUGUCUUUUCAAGGUCUGAUCGAACCAUCAGGAACCAUGGGAUGGAGAGCGGAUCUGUCGCCAAAGUCCCAUCCAGCCUCUGAGUUUCAGUUUGAUGUUUUUAUUUCAGCCGGUGGAGGCCGAUACGUGCCUGAUGGCUUUAAGAUAAAGGAGCUCAGGGGAAAACUGGCUAUCGGUAUUACGGCAAACUUCAUCAACCAUCACUCUAAAGAGGAAGCUCAAGUGCCUGAGAUCAGUGGAGUCGCACGGAUAUACAACCAGAAAUUCUUUCAAGAGCUGCAAGCUGAGACGGGCAUUGAUUUAGAAAACAUUGUCUACUACAAAGAUGAAACGCACUAUUUUGUCAUGACUGCAAAGAAAGCCAGCUUGUUGAAGAAAGGCGUAAUAAAGCAGGACUACAGUGACGCCAACCAGCUGCUGGCACCGUCAAACGUCAACCAGAAGGCUCUGCUUCUGUACGCCUACGACGCGGCCGACUUCUCCACAGAACACAUGCUGCCGGACCCGGAAUUCGCAACGAACUACGCGGGCCAACCGGACGUAGCGAUGUUUGACUUUACAUCCAUGCACAGAGCAGAGAACGCUUCUCUGGUCAAAGAGAGGAAAGGAAAAAGGCUCCUCAUCGGAUUAGUGGGUGACUGUCUGGUCGAGCCAUUUUGGCCUCUGGGCACAGGGAUCGCUCGUGGUUUUCUGGCUUCGUUUGAUGCUGCAUGGAUGGUCAGAAACUGGGGAAAAGGUCUGCCGCCCCUGCAAGUUCUGGCUGAGAGGGAGAGUGUGUAUCAGUUACUCUCACAGACCACCCCUGAAAACACCAGCAAAAAUUACCAAGCAUACAGCAUUGACCCGUCCACACGUUACCCAAACCUCAAGCUGUCUAUCAAACCCAAACAGGUCCAACAUUUGUACAAUUUGGAGGAACACCAAGAUGUCAAGAAACCCAUUUUAAAACCAAAGCCCAAAAAAGAGUCCAUCAGACGUUUGGAGGAGUUGCUGUCCUGGUGUCAGAGAAACACAGGCGGGUACGACUGCGUGAGGGUGAAAGAUCUGAGCGAAUCCUGGAGGUCCGGCUUGGCUCUCUGCGCUCUCAUCCACCACUUCAGACCUGAACUUCUUGAAAUGUCCUCUUUGGGUGAAUUUGAUGCCACUAAAAACAACCAGCUGGCCUUUGACCUGUUGGAGAAAGAGUACGGCAUCACCCCUGUCAUGCGUGCCAGCGAUAUGAGCAGCUGCGGUAAAAUUGAUCAGCUUUCAAUGGUGGUGUACCUCACGCAGAUCCGCAACGCCCUUACUGAGAAAGAUCCCUCGAACAGUCUCUCGCGCCACAACAAGAGCCUAUCUCUCGCCAGAACCCGAUCGGCUGUGUUCUUCAUCAACAAACUCAAGCACAACUCCCUCCAAAGACGCAAGGAACGACUGACAUCAAAACGUGGAUCAGGAACGGAGAAGAUGAAGGAGAAAGAAGAAGGCAGUGAGGUGAAAGCGGAAAACCCUGUGACGCCCGUGUUGUCUCCAGAUAUGAGCGGCAGCGAGCUCUGUUAUUUCUGCCAGGAGCAUCUCUAUGUGCUGGAGAGAGGGAGCGCUGAGGGAAAGUUCUUCCACCGGGGCUGUUUCAAGUGUUAUCUGUGCAGCUCCACCCUUCGGCAGGGCGGAUACACCUUCCACUCCAACACCGGGAGAUUUUACUGCGAGCUACACUCUCAAGCUGAGGAUGAGGAGGAUGAGGAAGCUCGCAGAGCCUCACAGGCUAAUGCUGAGCACGGCAUUAAAGAGAAAGAGAACGAAGAAACAACAACAAGUGAUGAGCGAACUGAAUCCCCUCUGCCGCAUAUAUCAAUCAGGCGAAAAGGCUCGUAUAAAAUCUCUGUUGAUCCUGACUUUGAAGAAUCAACAGAAUGCUCAGCCCAUACAGAUCAGGACGACCAACCGUCAUCCAACCCAGACAUCUCUCACAAUCCUCCAGAGAGCCCGCCAGAGUCCAAAGACAUCGAGGGCAGUGAGGCAGUUCCAGUGCCGGCCCCUCGAAGUUCCCGAAAUCCACUCUACCCUCCGCUCCCCAAACCUCGCACGGUCCAUAACAUAGUUCCCCAAGACCUCGAGAACCAGCAGACAGAAGAAACUCCAUCGUCUGGGGACAAGAACGGCCAUCAUGACCUCACGCUCGACUUUAAACCCAAACAGUUACUGCGAAGACUUCAGCUGAGCCAAGACGAGAAGUCCGGUCUUCUCAACCUUAGCUUCAGUCAGGACUCGGACUCCGAGACGCCCGCUUCUUCUUCCGCUGCGUCAACAUCCUCUUCCUCCAAGCAGCAUGAAGGAGGUGAGGAGGAGGGUUACUGGAGCGGAGGAACUGUGGCAGGGAAGAACCUGCGAGAGCAACGGAACCGCAAGUGCGUAAGGAGGAAGAGCGAACCGCCGGUCCCCGCACGAUCACAACACGGCAAGAUCCGUUCCAAAUUCUCACCCUGGAAUCUGUCAUCACCGAGGCUGCAACAGCGCUUCAGUGUGCUCCGGGUCGGACCAACAGGACAAACCCAGCUGGACCAUUACGUAUCAGAAGAUGACGUUGGAGUUGUGGAUGAUGAUGAGGAAGAGGACGAUGAGGAUCUUCAAGCCGAAGAUCAUUUUCUGGAUUGCAAGGGAGCUGAUUUUGAGAUUUCAGAGGCUGAGAAACGAGACCUGAUGAAGAUGAGAACCCUGGAGCGCAAAGCCAGGAUGAGCGAAAUGCAUCGUUUCCAACAAGCCCAGACGAUUCAGAGGAGGCUGGAGGAGAUAGAAGUGACCUUUAAAGAUCUGGAGGAGAAAGGAGUAGAGCUGGAGAGAGCUUUGAGAGUAGAGGCUGGUUCAGGUGACUCUGAAACAAUAGAAAACUGGAUGGAGCUGGUCCAGGAUAAGAACACUCUUCUCUCAGAGGAGUCUGAUCUGAUGGUGGCGUCUCGACAGAUGGAGCUGGAAGACAAACAGAGCAUGUUAGAGAUGGAGCUACGGAGAUACAUGGAGAUGGAUGACUCUGAGAAGAGUCCUGAGCUGCAAGCUCACGAGGAGAAGAUCCUGCAGGAGAUGUUGGAUGUGGUGGACAUGAGGAAUUCACUGGUGUCCUUCCUGGAGGAGAAGAGACUGAAGGAGCUCGACGAGGAGCCUCUGGGAAAUUCAAUAGUAGAAUCCAAGAGACAUUCGACUGCUGGAACGCAGGUGCACUGGGCCUGAUGGACCCAAACACACACACACAUUCAAACUGCCGAGCCUAAACAUACUCGGAAAGGUCAUGAUUUACAGCUAUUACAUCAACACACCUUGUAAUGUGCCGGCGUAGAUGCACACGUGGCAAAGCGAAAAUCUGUUUCCUUUAAAGCCAAAGACAUGUCAGGAGGUAGAACCAUCCUGCGUCCACAGGUGUGGAUUUGGAACUAAACCCUGAGAAAUGCAGGUGUCAGACGCUGUCCAGAAACAAAUGGAUUAUGAAAACUGUGCAGAAUGUACUGAAACUGCACAAUCGGGUCGACAUUUACUGCCUGCAUGAGACUUCCACAAACCCGGGUGUCGCUGUGAGAGCUCACAGUUGUGUAACAUUUGACGUUUACAAUUACGUCUCAUUUUUAGAAGAGCUGUCUAUCAAGUUCACAAUUGUUAGAAAGUCCUAUAUAUAGUAAACAAUAUAUCGACAUGAUGUCAUAUUCAACAUAAUGGUGAAAACGGAUGCUGCACCCAGAUGAUACGACCAUCUUCAACAGCACUUGCAUUGUACAGUUAUGAAUGUAUCACAGCUUUGCAACAUAAAGAUAUUAUAUAUGGGCUUUUGUGCAAUGUAUUAUGUUUUUUCCACACAAAUUAUUGUGCUUUUAUCAUUAAACAUCAAAUAUUAUUAUAAUACAUUGUUUUGAUAUUUUUUGCAUGACCACAGUUUUGAUUCUCAGGGUGCAAAUAUGUGUGCCUGGCUUGGUCUCCGUAUAUACAGUAUAUAUAUAUCUAUAUGUGGGAUUCUGUAUACUUGCAUAUCAUUAUUUAAAAGUAUUUAUAUGUAAUACUUGACAAAUUCAUUUUUUUGUGCAAAAGGGGGUCAGGAUUGAACUGGACACAGCCUCCACAUAUACAAUAGUAUCUUUGCGACACAUUACUGAAAUACCCAUAAAGUCAUUUAUUUGAUACUUUGGAACUUUCAUGUGUUUAAUAAAGUGAAAUCUUCAAGACCCUGAUCAUUUAAAAUUAGUUUCUAGAGGAAAUCAUUGGUCGUGUUUUGGGUACAGGGGUGUACUGUUUACUUUUAGUCCCUCGUUCUUUGUAUUCUUUUUACAUCAGUAGUUUUUUUGGGCAACAUUCUUUCACUUAACAUGCUAAUAAAAAAUAUGAAGCACUU